CACACCAUAUAGACAUGACUGUUUUAUCGUGUUAUUGUAUCAGAUUUUGCACAGAAUUCUCUGACUUAUGGCUUCACUCGUUUGUAUCGUCUUCUAUCUUUACUUGCAUGCAUGCACUGCAAGGCCACUUACGGUUUCGGAUAAAGAAACUGCCGUGCAGAAUGAGGUCUCCAACGAGGAUGUGAAGGGUUUGGAUCAUGCUACAAACCUUCCUUGGGAGAUUUUAGCUGAUCAAGAAGGCGAACGGGACAAAGUAAACGCAUAUACUGGAAACAUUAUGGUCCAUGCUACAGGAACAGAGGUACAUAUGAGAGUCGAACGGUCAGCACUGGAAUCAACACCACGCAAAGCUGAAGAAAAUUUGAGCUCGAACCAUAGUAAUAACACGGUAGAGGAUGUAGUCGCCAUGGAUUAUGCUCAACCUCAUGGCAAACCUCCAAUCCAUAACAGGGAGACCUAAAUAUACAUAUAUAAAAACAAACACAUAUUUGCAUGUUCAUCUUUCCCUAUAUAUAUUGAACUAUUCUGUUUUUUUAAUUUUUCUUAUUGUUGUUCAAGUCUCUCUCGUCUGUGUCGUUACAAAGUUAACAGAAACUUCCGGCAACUCCUCAAGAAAAACUGUCCGGCACGUUUGAGCCGCUAUGUAUGUAUGUAUUUAUAUAUCUGGGGUCGGCCUAAUUCAAUGCAUAUAGACAAGCAGCAGCUGAUGAGAAUGUGAUUAAAUUGGGGAAUAAUGUUCCCCUUUUGCAUGUUGCCUGUUGUCUGCAUUAAAUGCGUAGAUAAAUGUAUGGGGAAAAAAAAAAAUUAUAUAAACCUGAUGAUGAUAUUUGUAUCCCUUUGC